AUGUAUCUAUGUAUUACAAAUCUAUCUAUCUAUCUAUCUAUCUAUCUAUCUAUCUAUCUAUCUAUCUAUCUGUCUGUCUGCCUGCCUGUCUAUCUAUCUGUUUACCCAUCUAUCUAUAUAAAAUUGUUUUUUUUUUCUUUUUUCAUAUCUGACCCCCCCCCCCUUCUUAAGUUUCAUCGCUCUGUUCUCUUUAUUUUCUUCCUGUCUGGCUUUUACCAUUUAUUCUUUGAACUGGUCUUUCUUCUUCUAUUAUCGGAUGUCAUAGAUUGUCAUUCGCGCUUUGCUCACACGGUAUCACUGACCCUGACGGCAUCACGUCUCUCAACUCUGUUGGGAUGCACAUUUCUCAGUAAGCGAAGUGAAAGCUGGACAGCCUCAGUUACAAACACUCUCUCUCUCUCUCUCUCUCUCUCUCUAGUUCACCAUCCCCGAAUCGGGCAAUGUUCACCAAAGUUUUUUUUUUUGUUCAUUUCCAAUACAUGGAGAUUCAGUCUUUCUAAUUGCUUUUAUCAUUCAUCGUUCAUCCCUUUCUCGCUUUCAUCAAAAGAAUAUUUUGCUCUCUUCUUCUUUCCCUUUUCAAGUCUCGUAGAUUCGCAAAUGUCUCUCACCAAGCCAUUUUUAUUUUCUUUCUUAGCUCUUCUUCCACAACUCAAAUCUCAUUUCUUCUUGUUUGUUCCGCCUGGACAACUCGUCUUUGCUGGUUGCCAUCAUUCAAAGAUUCCAAACGAAUUUAUGACAAUAAUGUAUGCUGGAGACGUUCCAUAUUUGUCUAUCUUCCUGUCUCACUGUGUUCAUAUCUGUCAAUUCAUCUGUCUGUUCAUAUCUAUCUAUCUAUCUAUCUAUCUAUCUAUCUAUCUAUCUAUCUAUCUAUCCCUGUAUCUUCAUAUCUAUCUAUCUAUCUAUCUAUCUAUCUAUCUCUAUCUAUCUAUCUAUCUAUCUAUCUAUCUAUCUAUCUAUCUAUCUAUCUAUCUAUCUCAGUCUGUUUAUUAUCUAUCUAUUUAUCUAUCUCAGUCUGUUCAUAUCUAUCUAUCUAUCUAG